AUGAAUACGGCUGCGGUGGUUUUGAGAGAGGGUAACAUCCACCUGCGUGAGGGCUCUCGCAAAGGCCUCACAUUUUCUUCUGCUGAAACAAAACAACACUGCCGGCAGCUCCUCCACCUGCAGCAGCAGCAGCAGCAGCAGCAGCAACAGCAGCAGCAGCAGCAGAGGCAGGAGAAGCAGCAGAAGCAGCAGCAGAAGCAGAAGCAGAAGCAGCAGCAGCGGCAGCAGCAGCAAAAGAAACAAUAA